GCCUCGCCGCUAUUAGUAAGCCUGAUCGUCAGUGUGUGAAGAGUGGUCGACUGCACAGGUGUGUCAGGCCCACACGGUACUAGUCCACACGGUAACACAACAUUGUAGAUCACAGCCGUCGGCCUUAGCGGUGCCGAAAUGGAAGGCAAGAAUGGUAUUGAAGAACAUAUGUCGACUAUCAUGAAACAAUAUGAGUCGAUGAGAGGACGGAAGCGUGCAGACCAUGGCAAGGAAUUCUGGGAUGUGAUUGUCAUCACUGCCGGAGACGAGGAUCAGAAGGAGGCAUUUGUGGCUCAGAUAGAAAGCAAACUGUCAAGGAACGAGCUCCCUCUCGAUUGUCCUAUACAUGUGGUAGCUGACCCCCCAGGGCCCAAGUUAGGAAAUGGUGGAUCGACCUUCACCAGCCUCCAGUUCCUUGAGAAUGAGUACAAGGAAGAUUUAUAUCAAAAACGUGUAUUGUUGAUCAAUGCAGGAGGACAGAGUAAACGAAUGCCAAGUACUAGUGUACUGGGCAAAAUAUCUGCUCCCAUCCCCAGUGGCAAUCAUCUGUACCAAAUGUUGGAUGUUAAACUGGCCACCUAUCUUCCGUUGAUACCCAGAAUGCCAAAUGGUGUGUUUAUCUGCUGUGCGGAUGACUUUCUAGUGUAUAAUCUAGGCAAGGAAGGUUUUGAUGAGGACUGGGGUUUUGCCAAGUCUGGAUUCACAGCCCUUGCUCAUCCAUCUUCUUUGGUCUUAGGAAUGAAACAUGGUGUGUAUGUUGUCAAGUCUCUUGAUGAAGUUGAUACUUCACUACAUAUACAACAGUCUGACUGUAUGCAAGUCCUCCAGAAACCAUCACUGCAAGCCAUGGAGACAAACGGAGCAAUUCUCAAUAGUAAAAAAUUGAAGUUUCCGGAUGGAAUUGUUAUUAAAGGGUCUGCAGCAUACACCGAUAGUGCAUUUUUCUUCAGUAUGGAUGUUACCGCAAAAUUUCUGAAGUUUCUGAAAGUAAAUAGCCCUAUUACCUGUGAAAUUGAUGCUUAUGGAGAUUUCCUACAGGCUCUUGGACCUAAAGCAACAAUUGAGUACACCAAGCACUCACCAAAUGUAACCACUCCCACACCAAGCUUAAUUCCAACUCGUGAGAAAGUUUUUCAUCUGCUGAAAGAUACAAGCAUCCAGUUGCUCCUGAUGAAUUCAUCAAAGUUUAUCCACAUAGGCACCACAAAAGAAUAUAUCCAUCAUUAUUGUUUCCAUUCUCAAUUUCAGCAGGAAAUGAGCCUCAGGAAAGAUGUGUUCAAUAGAUGGACUGAUGAAGAGGAUGAGGAUGAUGAACCAGUAGCCAAGAAGAAAUUUAAACUAUCUGAUGUGAGCACAGGAUGUGUGAUGCAUUGCAUGCUGCCACAGAAAUCAUUUGUGCCAGAGAAUUCUAUAUUAGAGUACUGUCGCUUUGAUGUUCCAGUUCAUAUAGGUCAAAAUGCCAUAGUCAGUAAUUGUAGUUUCAAAAAGUCAAUGAGAGUUGAGAAGACCAAUGGUCUGUCAAUGACAGACAAGAAGACCAAUGGUGAUGUCAGUGCCAGUAAUCUUCCUCUCAAGCUACCUCAUAAUGUCUUUCUUCACACUGUUUCCAUGCAUCAAGACAAUGUGACUAAAUAUGUAACUGUUCUCUUUAGAAUUGAUGAUGAUCUCAAGAAGGCCAUACCUGGAAGUAAGGCAGAACAGCUACCACUUCUAGGAGCGACUGUUGAGGAUUUCUGUAAAAGUUGUUGUAUCGACAUUGCAAGAAUCUUGCCAAGUUCUAACGGUAUCAAUGGGAAAGGGGAGGAGAUUGGACCUGUCUCUUUAUGGACAUUACGUCUGCAUCCAGUCACAGAUUCAAUGACCGAGUCUCUGAAAUUAGCAUUGCAGAUUCACUCGGCACUCACCAAAAGAGAGAAAGUUGAGGCAGUGAAGGAAAGGAAGCUGGUCUCUAUGGACGGUUUAAUGCGUUCGAAAGAUGUUCAAGACAUGCUGAAAUUUAGAAAUGAUCUAUACCAUGAAAUCAAAUUAGCGACAUCUUCAUAGCAGCGUUGCUAUAAACAAAUUGAGCAUUCAAAGGUCCUAGAUCAUUUGGGCCCAGUUGUCUAAAAGGUGAUUAGCUCAAUCCUUGAUUAGUGAAAAUCUCAUUUUUCUCUUACUUUAAAGCCCGAGUGUGUGAAUUCCUUAAAAUAGGCAGGUAGGAAGAGACUGGCCAGUGUUAUCGUGUCAUGAAUUCUUUUAAAGUUUGUUUUACCAGAAAUUAUUUUAUCAGGAUUUUAAAAUUGUUGUUAAACCGUGAUUAGCCUAGUCACCUUUUGAACAACUGGGCCCUUGAAUUAUUGAGAUAUUUGAAGAUAUAUUGCCCUUUGCAUUCAAUUUGUUUUGACCAAAAUGCAAGGAUGUGGGUAUCAUGUGACAGUGUGGUGCUUUUAUUUAAACUGGAACAAGCAGAUUGCUUUCAUGUUUCAGCUAUUUUAUGCCCCCGUAUGACUUAGUCAAGGGCAAACUGUUUUACCCCCAUCCCGUCCCUCCGUCCAUGUGUCAGUCCCGUCACUUCAGUAUAGGUUCAAGCUUUUUGAUCAAAAAUUUUAAGGUCUACUUUUAAAAGAGAAAACAGUUAUACAAUGCUUAUUUCUAGCAUUCACAUCGCUUUAGCUCUCAAAUGUAGGUCGGAAUUGAUAUACACAUGAAAUUUGAUUUUUGUUUUAAAUUAAACCACCCUGUCGAUGUAUAGCAGUAAUUUGAUGCUAAUUUCAUGUAUUAAAACAACUUCAAUAUUAUUUUCUUCCUUUUUUUUCUACCUUCAGGGCUUAUGUUCAGGAGUUACUGUUUUGUCUAGCUAUAUAGGUCAGGAAUUUAAAUUUUGAAACAAAUACUUCAAAAUUAAAUUUAGUUUUUUGUGACAGGAGUACAUUGUACAAUGUCUCUAGUUUUAAUUUUCACAAUUCCUUUUCAAUCACUUUCAAGGGGCAACUAUCUUCUUAUUGAAUCAAUAACUGGAUUAGUAUACUUUCUUUUUUAUAGGAUUCAUGAUCAUGUUAUUCUUAUUUUGGCAAUUUGAACCACUUGCCAAUCAAACUUGCUUGACACUACAAAAUGUAUCUGUUGGUAUGGAGUAAGGUGUUGGGCUUAAGGUUUAGUUUGUGAAUCUGUUGCUUACCUAACAGUUUAAUAAUGGGUAUCCUGUACUUGCAAAGCACCAUACAGGUGCAAACUGUAUUCAAUAUUCAUAAUAUUUAUUCAAAAUGCUAUUUUUAUAUGAUUCUGCACACAUUGCAUUUAUGGCAGUGGCAAUAAAUUAGGGAAGAGGGGCAUUCCUGAUGUACCGACAUAUUUAUACUUUCAUUUUGGAGUUACGACAGAAAAUAUGUAUCUUAUUGAUUCUGUAGCUAAAAAAUACAAUUAUAUUCUUCAAUUAUAUGUCAGAAUGCUUUGGGAUUUUAGCAUUUUUGCUGUUCAAUUCCGCAAUUGUUAAUAAUCAAACAUGGCAUUGUGUCAAAGCAGUAUAUAUAGAUGUUGGUAUAUCUGCUCGUGGGUAUUUUUAUGAUGGUUAAAUAAAUUAUGUGUAUUUAUUUCAGUUAAUAUUGAUAUUUCAUGUAAAUAUUUAUUACUUGUUAAGAUUUCACAUGUUUUGUGAGACUUCCUGGACAAAAAUACAGAUACUUGACCAUUUCUGUUGUACUCCACGUUGUAAGUGCAGUCUUAUUCUUAAUUAGAUUUAUGUCUAUUUUUAUACAUUCAACAAAAGUGUGUGCUUUCACAUUUCCUUAGAUCUCACUUUUUAUCCAGUACAUAUUUCCCAGUUUAUGAAUUCCAUUGACAUUUCCAGAAUUUAUAAUUUAUAUAAUAUAUCAUUAUUACCCAAGACUCUUAUAAAAGAGGGGCUGUGAAAACUCAGUACGUUAGAGCGCCAGCUAUGUAGCCUCUGGUGAUGAUCGGAGGUGUGUGGUUUGAUAAUCCAUUACCUAUGUGGGUUUCUGUUUCUCGGGAAGCUGGGAAACGGAUUGGUCUGUGCUGUGGUGGUUGUGUCCUUGGCAAGACGCUUCAGUAAAUUACGCCAAUUGCUCUGGAUGGAAUGUGAUGUGCCUCGCAUAUGUCGUUCAGUGAGGUAGUCACCAACUACUACAGGGAGACCCCUGCUUCAAAAUGACCAUAAAAAUACUAAAGUUGAAGUUGAAGAAAAUAGUUCACCAUACCUAACAAGGGAAGUUAUGUUGCUAUUGUCUGUGACAGUUUGUUUAUCAGAUCUCGAUCUGAAAUAUAUAAACUGUUUGAUUUGUGUACUGAAAAUUGUUGUUAUUUUCCUUAUGUUAUGGAUUGCAAACAAAUUUUUUCCAGAUUUUAGGGAUUUUUUUCUGGAACCGAUGACGUUUGCUUUGCAACAUCUUCAUUGUUAUUAUAACUUUUUCAUCACAGAAUUGUAGUUCUGGAACCAAUGCUAUUUUACUGAUAUCCCUGUAUGACUGAUUCACAAUUUAUUUCCAGACGUUUCCUAUUUCUAUUUUUAUUAAGGAUGUUCACCUCUGUAACGUCAAAAAAUCAUCUAUUACACUUUUUUUUCUCAUAUAUAUUUUUUAAAAGGGGAGUUAAUGUACAUGUCAUGGCAGAGAAUGUCUGUGUGCUUGUUUUUAUGCUAUAAUCAGACCUUUGACUUUUAACAGGACAAAUCCAUUUGUGUUGCUAUUCCAAAUCCAUCUUCCAUAUGUUGUCAGAUAUGUUAUGGAUGCCUGUAAAACUGACAAAAAGUAGUAUUUUCUUUUAAAUUAUGGAAGUUAAUUUUUUUUUUAACCAGUUCAUUUAUCUCAAAAAAGCAAUUUUAGUUACCCCUACACCUUAAUUUCAUGGCAAAAUACUCAUUUCACAAUUUUUUGCAGGUUUUCACACUUAAUAUAAAAAGUUCUGCUAUUAAACUAUAAAUAAGUGUUUAGGCAGAUCAAAAGUAAAUCUUUCUAAAACAGCCAUAAAGAUUGGGAGGUCUGUGUGCUGUCUUUUUUGUCCCAUUGUUAUUUGUGUUAAUUUUCACAGACAUCUAUAUUUUUUUACACAUUUUCAGUCCAUGUUUACUGAAACACUGUUUAUAAUUGGCUAAGACAACAUUGUAGUUUCAUCGAAUAGGGGUCAUUUUUCUUUCACACAGAUUCUUACCAUUGGUUUUAAGAAAAUUGGGGUAAAUUUUAGGACAAUUUUUGUGAUGACUUGAUUUUAAAUCCAUUGCCAUGUACAUGUUUAUUUUACCAUUAUGAAUAUAAUGUUCACCAAGAGUAAGGCUUCAUCUGAUGAUGGGCCUGCUAGCAGGACACGGUUUGAUAAACGAGAAAUCAGAAAUUGAUCACUUCUUGUAUUUCUUCGAUAAAAUAUAACUACAUGUAAGUGUAUAUCCAUUGUUUUUGCAAUUUAGAACUAACUUCAUAUCCUUUUCUGGAUUUGGCGAUCAAAGAGGGGUCGCUAUCUAUCUGAGGAGCAGAUGUGAAAAGAUGAGGAAAAUAAAGUGUACCUUUAUCCGAAUUGACGAAGAUAAAAUGUACCUUUAUCCGAAUUGUGACAUAUGCAUGUACACUGUAAGAUCACAGGCGAAUGUCUAGUGUUAUAUUAAAAAUAUAGACAGAUAUACCUAUAUAUCUGGCAAUUUUUUUAAUAUAAGACUAUUUCUGGCUAUUUUUUUAAUAUAAGACUAGACAUGCCACUGUGGUAAGAUGAAAUCCAACAUUCAGUAUAUUACAGAUUCAUAGUGUUACAUAUUACCAACGUGGGAAAUUACAGAAUAAAUACUAUGAAAGGUAUCGUU